AGGCGGCCAUCCAUUGCUGCUGUUUCUCAUGUUUGCUUCUCCGGAAAACUGGGUUCUAGUUUUAUCUCUAUUGCGCAAUACCUGAGCCCACGCUUCCCGAAGCGAAAAGAAAAUCAACAUGGCGGCGGCGACGGCGACGACGAAGAAAAAGAGAUUUAGUAAAAAAUCAAAACAAAGCUGGAGAAAGCACACUGAUAUUAAAGAUGUCGAGGAACAUCUCGAAGAGGCAAGACGCGAAGAAAGAACUGGUGGUCCAGUGUCUGAGAAACCAGAUGAGGGCUUGUAUUUUCUGGACAACAAAGCUGAAGAGAGAAAAAGUACUGAAGGCAAAUCCAAAGAUCGAUCAAGAAAACGAAAAAUCCUGAAAGCUGAUCAGCUUCUUUUACCUGAAAGCAAAAUUAAACCAAUUGGAAGCAAGAAAAGAAAAGUUCCUCAAAAGGGCAAGCAGAGGAAAGAUUUCAGUAACUCAUCUACUGAUUCUAAAGUUGAAGAGGAGAAAGGCAAACUUGUUAAAGCUCAGAUAAAUCAAAACAAGCCCAAAACAGUGGCAGUCUUUGAUCUAUGGGGAACACAAGAAGAUAUUCCAACAGGUGAUGAACAUUUCCUCUCAACUACUAAGAGAAUUGAAGUUAGGAAACCAAAGACAAUCAACAGGAAGACUUCUAAGUUAGUAGCUGUUGAAGUUUGUUCACCUGGUGCAUCAUACAAUCCAACUUUUGAAGAUCAUCAGUCUCUGCUUCAAUUGGCCCAUGAUGUAGAGUUAAGAAAAGUGAAAGAAAUAGAGAAACUGAAAAGACAAGUGAAGCUCUUGACUGCAGAGGAGGCAGCUAAUCUGCCAACAUGGAAUGAAGAGAUGAGUCAAGGACUAUUUGCUGAAAAUGAUGCAGAGGGCGAUGCUGAUGAAAGUGAUUAUGAAAGUACCCUUGCUGCACCCGUGAGAGCUUUCAACAGAAAAACAAAACAGCAGAGGAGGAAAGAAAAAGAGAAACAAGAGGAAUUGAAGAGACUUGAGACAGAAAGGAAAGAAAAGAUGCAACAAAAUGAGAUUUUUAGAUUAAAAGCUCUGAAGAAAGAAAUGAAGAUAGCUGACGAGGAAGCUGAAAAAAGGAGGGAGAAGAAAGAAAUAGAGACAAGUUCUUUGAUUAAACCAAAAAGACUCAGCAGACACAAAUAUGAAUCACCAGAUUGUGAGAUUCAACUAAGUGCAGAGCUGUCCGGAAGUCUCCGCACAUUAAAGCAAGAAGGAAACUUAUUUGAAGACAGAUUUAAGAGUCUUCAGCGAAGAAACAUCAUUGAAACAAGACUCCCUGUCAAACCUUACAGAAAAUACAAGCAAAAGACGUAUACGAGAAAAUCAUACGAUAAGCCUUGUAUCAAGGAAAUAUAGAUUCCGUGAUCAAAACGAAAUGAUGUAGAGGUGAAUUACACAAGAAUUCAGUGCAGUUUUUUGGCACGCACAAAUCAUUUGUCCUAAUAUGUCAGAACAUAUUUAAAUCUUAUUUCACCUUCGAUUUUAUCAGUAAUUCUAACAAUUGUGAAGUAAAAGAAGAAAUAAAACAUUUAGCUUUGUCGGAA